AUGUUGCUUUAUUUAGGGCAGUUUUUUCUUAUUUUUUUGGCCCUACAUAGGUACCAGACGACGAAAAUUGGAAGAAAUCCUGGCCUGGUGGACGUUGUGCUGAUAUCUUCAAUACAUAGUAAUAUGAUUUCGCGAGAGCACGCUACAAUCGUUGUGAAGCCGAGAGCGGAUCGCUAUGCGUGUUUUAUCAAGGAUCAUUCGCUCAAUGGAACCUAUAUUAACGAUUACAGGGUACUUGGAGAUAGGACCGAAUUGAAGCAAGGUGAUGUGAUAAAGUUUGGACACGUGAAUGGAGCAGCGAUUAAACCAGGAUGCCACGGACCGCAGACUGCAGCCGAAUUCACAUUUGUUUUCGAGGAGGCACCACCGCAUCGUUUAGGGGACAGAAGGCGACCGAUUACAAUUGUUGGCAACUCACGAGCACCAGAUUCCACAACGAAUUCACCUCAGGUAAUACCAUCAUUUUUGUUGUGUGGUUGGUUGUAA